AAUCAAAUCGACCUCCAGACUUCACCGCCAAACAAUGGAGCAGUGGAAGCUUGGGCGAAUUCACAGAGAUAGAGAUGAAAGACUCUAGGCGUCAGAUCGUUGUGCUUCCUGUUGGUUUUCUCCUCGAUCAAUCUACAUUUUCUUUCUAGUUCGUUACCUUUCUCAGAUCCCCAAUCUUCUCCUCUUUCUACAAACCAUUUCAACUCAAUAAGGAAAAAAGGAUAACAAGAAAGGAAAAAGACGGGAACUCACCUACAAACACCGUACGCCGCGACUUCUGCAAGGUGAUCACGGGGAAGAGGGAGAGGACGGAACCCUAAUGGAAGGGAUCGAACUCCUAUAAAUAAAGUUGAACCCUAAGACGAACGAAUCAAUUUCUGAGAUCUAGAACACCGAUCAAAAUAAUCUCCAACAUCUCUCGAUUCUAAUUCGGAAGAAGAAGCAGAAACAACAGUAACUCCAGGUUUCUUCCCCCAUUCUGCAAGACUGCAAAAGAGUGGAGCUUACAAGACCUUCAAACAUCCCCAGACAGUUUAUAUCCACCCAAGCUCUAGUAUAGCCCAGAUAUGAAGUGUUCUUUAGUUAGUGCCCAGUUGUCUCAAUUAUGAAUUCUCUAGACAAUGAUCUUCUGAUGGAGCAGCUUAUCUAGUCAAUUAGAAGAAAGCUUCCUAAUAGUUUUGUUGUGAGACUCUUCAAGAGAUCCCCAUUAUUGCUACAGAAACUGUCUUCGUCUGUUGAUGCGACAAGUGAAAUUGGUAGGAAAAAUGUUGAACUCAGAAGUUACUAUUCUGAAGAGGUUUCCUACAUCCAACAAAAGCUCUCUUCUUCGAUCUCUCGUUUUGUCUGCUUCUAUUGCUGCUGCUAAAUCCGGUCUUUAUUUUUAUUCAAUCAUUGACACAGACCCAACAAGACCAUCCUUAUGGAUUUCUGUUAAUAUCCCAAAGCAUGAUCAUCCAUCUUGGUGGCCAUGGAGAACUUGGGGACCAAUGUUUCUUCAGCCCUCUUUUAAUUGCCUAGGAAAUGUGCCAUUGUUUUUCUCUAGGUCUGGAGGAGAUAUUCCACCACCCGCAGAUACGAGCAAAGAAGCUAAAGGUUGUAAUGGGUGCUUCAGUAGAGAUUCAAUUGCCAAUGUUGCUGCAAUAACUGGUCCUACUGUAGUUAAUUUGUCUGUCUCACAAGAUUUACACAGAGUUACCUUGGGAAAGAGUGUUGGUUCUGGCACCAUAAUGGAUUUUGAUGGUACUAUAUUGACGUGCGCUCAUUUGGUUGUGAGUCACCAUGGCUUGUCAACCAAAGUGGGGAAGGUCAGUCAGUUUUGUAUGAGUCAGUGUAAAGAUUAUUAA